UGUGUCUCUGGGGCUCGAAAGCCCCCGCCCAGCCUCAUCCCAUACCGGCGGGAGGUUGUGGGUCCUGUCCUGUGGCUUACGGCCCUUGUCUUGAGUAACGAAAGAACAGCGUUGACCCAAUAUCCGAAUGGCUGAUGAGGUACUCAGCCCCCUUCCACCAUACCUAUUCCCGGGUAUCCAUUCCUGCCCUUCGCAAGAUCGUCAUGAGGAAGGCUUGUUCCAAUUGUGAAUGAAGCUGUGGGGCAGAUUGAUUAUCUGAGGUGAUUAUCUGAUAUGGGGGAUUUAAAGCGCUUCUCAGUAUUUGUACCAAGUUCCCUCCCACCCUCACAUCAUGCUAACAUCAUGGUCUCCCCAUCCUUGCUUCUAGGAGCCUUCAUCAGUAAUGUGUGGGGGCAUAAGCUUAUGCUUAAUAUUCUGAGUAAACCGAAUAGUCGCUUGUUUUGCGGCUACCUUCAAAGGGCUUGUUCCCUCAUUCUUAACCUCAAUGUCUAGGCAAACCUGAUCUCAAAUGCCCCAGUAGCUCGGUAAGCGUGUAUUCUAAUGGAUAAUCAUGAUCUUCAACGAUGCAGUAAAUAUUCUUUUAGUUAAGAGUGACUCAAUUGGCCAUGUUCGAGGGAACUAUAUAUAUUCUAGGCGAACCCUGCCACAUUUAUUGGUUCUGUUUCAGAAAGAGCCGCGGUGCAGAGGUUUGUGACAAGGAAGAACUAGGAAAGAAAAGUCUUCCAUAUUCGAAUCGCCUAGUUUUGACAAGAAUCAUCAUAUCGAAGACGAUAGUGGCUGAAGUUUUGGCUCAGUAUCUCUGACAUGUCGUCUGAGCCGCUGUUGCUGGACCUUUAAAGGUGUAUAUAUAACAGGGACUCUCUAAUCUGUAGGUAGUGCUGCCGCGAUUUUGGUUAUUAACCAUGGAUCAACGAGUGUUUGUAGAUCCUCGUUUUGGUCAGCAGACGCGUUUGUAUCGUUUCAGCCAUAUCUUUAGAAGUCCAUAUUGUCGCGAGAAAGGGAGUAGAUAUUCAGCUUGUCCACUUAGUAUCCUCGGUCCAAGUACACCCCUAAGAGAAUACCGCCGAUCCCAUGUGGGACUGCGCGACUUUCGGAAGACUUGGCGUCUGGAUACUGGACAAGAGGAUAGUAGCCUUCAACUGGUACAUCAGCCAUGGACUGAAGUUAAAGAUCCCGUAAUGUUACAUGUAGGACCAGAUGAGGGAAGAUACUCC